CUCUGUUGCCUCGCGCUCGGCUCUCCUUUGUUGUUCUGCAGCGCGUGUCGUGGUCUCAAGAUGUCUGCCGGCCCGGCCCUGAGGGCGCUGGUGAGACGCACGCUGGCCGCCGCCGCCGAGGAGAUCUUCGGGCUGUUCGAGCGAACGAUAGCCGAGUACGAGGCCGAGCGACGGGACCUGCUGGACGGCGUCUUCAACCGGCGACUGCGGACCGCGAGAGCAGACGUCCAGCAGCUGUUGGUGGUUGAAGAAGCGGUUCCCCCCGAGCGGCAGGAGUGCAUGUCCGGUCUGGACCAGGAGGAUCCAGAACCCCCACACAUUAAGGAGGAGCCGGUGGAGCUCUGGACCAUUCAGGAGGGAGAGCAGCUCCAAGCGCUGGAGGAAGCCAGUUUCAACUUCCCAUUUACUUCCGUCACUGUGAAGAUUGAAGAUGACGUCGAACAGAUAACUCAGUCCUCACAGUUUCCUGAGAGCCAAACUGAGGCGAGCAGAGAGGCGGAGCUUUUGAAAACCGAAGCAGAUGAGGAUGUCUGUGGCGGAUCGGGAUCGGCCAGUAACUUGGAUCCAGGUAGUCAUUUUCAGACCGCUACUCGCGUCGAGACUUCAUCCUCUGAAUCCGAGACCGACGGAGAAACUUCAUCCUCUUCCUCUGAAUCCGAGACCGACGGAGAGACUUCAUCCUCUUCCUCUGAAUCCGAGACCGACGGCGAGACGCCAUCCUCUGAAUCUCAGACUGGUGUCAGUCGUAGUGAUUGGAUGGAGACUGGGCAGCCUCAGUCGGGUUCAAACUAUGACCUACCUGUAGGUGAUACUGGAUGUGUGAAAGGAGCUCGAAGGUUUGGCCAAGGUGGACAUUUGCAGAAACGCUCACUCUUAGGAGUUCAUUCAGGUGGAAAGUGUUUCAGCUGCCCAGUUUGUAAGAAGAAAUUCAGUUCCAAUGCCCAUUUGGUCAGACACAUGAGAACCCAUACUGGGGAGAAACCAUUCAGCUGUUCAGUUUGUGGUAAGAAAUUUGCUCUUGAGCAUAAUAUGAGACGACACUUGAUUGUCCACACGGGGGAGAAACCGUUUAGUUGUUCCUUUUGCGGUAAAGGAUUCUCAGUUCAUAGUAAUCUGAAACAACACGUGGCUAUCCACACGGGGGAGACACCGUUUAGUUGUUCCUUUUGCGGCAGAGGAUUCUCCCAUCAUAGUAAUCUGAAACAACACUUGACGAUCCAUACCGGGGAGAGACCCUUCAGUUGCUUAGAUUGCGGAAGAGGAUUUGCACAAAAGGAACAGUUGAGGCAACACAUGGCCGUCCACACAGGGGAGAAACCGUUUAGUUGUUCUGUCUGCGGGAGAGGAUUCACACAACAUGGUAGUAUGACGCGACACAUGACCGUCCACACGGGGGAGAAACCGUUCAGUUGUUCUGUCUGCGGGAGAGGAUUCACACAACACUGUAGUCUGAAACGACACUUAACUACCCACAGGGGAGAUACCAUUUAGUUUUUCAUUUUGUGCAAAUAUUGCAAUUGUUUUCCCGAGACAAUGCGGGAAUAACUUUAAUAUACAUUUCUAAGAACUUUUAGUUUGGGGAUUUUAUUUAAUUCAUACUGUAAAUAUGUUUGAUCUUCAGCAUGUGUGUUGUCAGGGAUGCCCUGGACAUAAAUGUAUGUCAUUGGCAGGUUUUAUUUCAAAGAUUAAAGACAUUUUCCUAA